AUGGAUCCAUUCGGAGCUAUGCAUAAUAAGACAGUUGAAUUGUUGAAUGCUAAAGCCGCCGAUUAUGGAUUGCCUUCAUCUACGAACAGUGGUGAAAGUGAUUUACAAAAUGAAAAGGAAUCGGAUAACUUCGAAGAGGUGCUGGAUUCGGGUCUAGAUGCAAAUUUGCUCCGCAGUUAUUUGUCGGAUUUGUGCAUCGCUGAAAAGGAAAACAUUUCGAUUGGUAUUGUUGAAGAAAGUACUGAAAUUGGUUUGCUACACGUCUGUAAGAAAAGUAUAGAUCUGUUGAAAGAACGCUAUGAUAAUUGCAUUGAGCUGGUGAAUGAGUUACGAAGUAAUUAUGAAAUGGUUACUGAACGAACCUCUUCACUACACAAUGCAUGUGAUCAAAUGAUGGCACACCAGACACAGAUUGCUGCUGGAGCUGAACAAAUUCGUGCAAACCUUUACUAUUAUGCCCAGUACGAGUCCAUCAUGAAAAAACUAAACACUGGAAAAUUUUCAAUAACGGGACAAGUAUUUACGCAGAUUUUAUCGACAAUCGAUGAAUGUUUGAGAUUUUUGAAUAACCAUAUUCAUUACAAGGAUUCCAAAAUAUGUAUUACAAAAUAUGAGCAGUGUUUGUCAAAAGCAAUGACAGUGAUAAGGAUGGGUGUUAUGGCCGAUCUGGAAGCAAGUCGUAAUGCUGUGAAGGAUAGGCAUAUGAAGCUAGUUGUCGACAAUCAUCGAAGUGGUUAUAGCGAUGACGAUACUUUCUCAUUGUUAUACGGUGUUUUCGCUGCUCGAGCUAGUUCUGUUCUAUCAGCUCUUAAUGUCGCUGAACAGCACUUCCGAGACAUUACAGAAUAUCAAUUGAUGGUAACUGAUUGUCAGCAAGCAUACUUCAAAAUACGGUAUCAAAUGCUCGAACCUGUUAUCAGAAGUACUAUUGAAGAACUGGGGAGAACUCAUGAAAACAGUUCGUGUGCAUUAACUCGAAAUGGCUGUACUUUUUUACUUCGACUUUGCGAUGACGAAUUUCGACUAUACAAACAAUUCUUUACAGUUGGUGGCCAUGACGGUAGUGGUGCAAAAUCUAUCACGAUGUCAACCCCGUCAAGUCCACAUGCAUCAAUUUUGGCUCCAUUCAUCUCAGGGACAAGUUCAUUCGAUGAUUUUAUCGAAUCACUGUGUCGUGUUUUCUACGAUAUUUUACGGCCCAUUAUUAUACACAAUCCACAUUUGGAAACUCUUACUGAGUUAUGCACGAUUUUGAAAGUUGAAAUGAUUGAAGAACGUUGUGGACUUAUGCAAUCAGUGAUGUCAGUAAAACGAUUAGCAGGUUAUACGAGUACUGAAACAUCAUCACCAUCCACUACUGAUGAAUAUGUGACGAAUUCACGUAAUGGAUUUGUACGAAUUAUGACAGAAUUAGCGGGUGAUGUUGCUGAACGAAUUGUUUAUAGAACUAGUUUGUACGCUCAGUCGGACAUAGCCGGAUUCACUCCGUCGAGUGGAGAUCUUGCUUAUCCGGAGAAGCUGGAAAUGAUGAAGGAGAUUGAAAAGGAGCACAUAUUGGAGGACGACAUAAAUGCAACUUCACCGACUUCUGUGGUCAAUCUUUACUGCUUAUGGUAUCCAACUGUUCGGCGUACCGUGCUUUCUCUUUCGAAAUUAUUUAAAUGUUUGGAGCCUUUAGUGUUCCAAAGCAUUGCUCGUGAAUUGUUAAUAGCGUGUUGCCAAUCACUGGAAGAUGCAGCGGAAGAGAUUCGAAAUAGCGCUACGAAGAAAAUUUCGCGCACUCGUCGAUUCCUGGAUGCUGAAUUAUUCGUCGUGAAACAUCUGCUAAUAUUGCGUGAACAAACAAGUCCAUACAGGGUCAUUGUGCCACUUGAGAGCACGCCCUCAAAUACUAUCUCUCAGCGUGAUUACGUGUUCGACUUUAGCAAAUACAGAGCUUCCGCUUCGCAGCUCUUUCAUGACCGGCGUAGAUGGUUUGAGUUAACGCCAAACAAUGCCUUUCUGGAGUUUUUGUUGCAAGUACCACUGGCAGUUACGGAAGCAGCUGGUGAUAGCCGACGAAUUAUUGAUGUUCAGUUGAAAACUCACUGUCAUAACCUAAUAAAUGCAACUAGUGAUAUGAUUAUUUUCGAAUUUGCUGAUUACAUUGCUAAAGCAGAGGAAACAGCAGCAAUGCCUGAUUUUGAUCUUACAAAAAACGAUUCUUUGAAGGCAAGUAAUAUGCAAAAUUUUGCCGGUCAAGCAUAUAAAAAACUAACCCACUCGUGGCCUGAGAUCAAGAGAUGUUUCGAUCUGUAUAUUGGUUUCAAAGAAACUGAAAAUAUCUUGUUGCAGCCGGUAAAGAAGCGAAUAAUUGAUGUAUUCACACGUGCAGGUACUUUUGUUGAUAAAUUUUACGAUGACGAACAGAAGCAAAUAACUGGUCUUCCUACUCAAGAACAUAUAUGGUUGGUAUUGAACACUUAA